ACUACAAACGCAUUUUUCAUCUUCUCCUUCAUAUUUCCAUGUCCAUGGCUUCUUCUUUCUCGCAUUUCUGGUUCCUCCUUCUUCUUCUUAGCUAGUAUUCAUUAUUUAUUACUCUCAAUCCCCACUUCCCACUUCACAAUUUCAAUCCUUUUCUUUCCUUUUCUUCGAAAUUUGAUUCCUUGUUCUUUUGAUUCAUCCUGUAUUUAUAUAUGUCUGGAAUUUGGAGAUGGAGGAAGCUCAAAGGCCUUCCCCUCCUGGCUUCAUCUACCCACCACAAUUCGCGCUUCAUCUCCACCCAUUUCAAUUACUUGAAUAUCGGAUCCCACCGUCGGAAGGAGUCCCUCAUCGGGAUUCAAGAGCGCUACAAGUGGGACAUCGGCGGCGGGGACGACAAUAAUGGAAAUGGGAAUAUCCCUUCUCGGGAUUUCAGAAACAUCACGCGGAAGAUCAGGGCGGAGGCAAAUUGCCCUCGGUGUUUCAAGCAAAUUGAUCUGCUUUUCUCCAAUCGCUCUAAUUUGUAUCCUCCGGCGACUGUCCCUGAAAUUUCUGAUAAUUUCGCCGAUCAGAAUAACGGCGGCGGCUCUAAUAAUUAUGGGGCGGUUAAUUUCUGCCCCAAUUGCAAAACGGCCUAUCACUUCCGUCCCCACCGGACUUCCCCUCUGCAGGGUACCUUCGUCGAGAUUGGCCGGCUCAUUCAUCAUAGUAAUGACAGUAAAUAUAACAAGAAUACGAAUAAUGGUGGUGAACUGGAUUCUAUCUAUGCUAGUAUUAGUCCUGCUAAUAGGCUGAAGCUCUCGUUUUUGAACACUUUGAGAUCCCACGGGACUGGCCCGUCUGAGAAUUUUCCACCGCCAUCUACGGGGAACGGGCUGGCCGUUCACACCCCGCCUGGUCCGCCUUUUACUCCUGGUGUUAAUGUGAUACGGGCAUCAGGGCCGAGGGAAGGUGGAGGCUCAAGUGGUGGUGGUAAUGGUGGAGGGGAGAAGAGUGGCGGAUGGUGGGGCGGGGCUAAUUUGGGAAAGGAUUUUCCUACGCCAAAGGAAAUUUGCAAGGGCCUUGACAAGUUUGUAAUUGGCCAAGAGAGAGCCAAAAAGGUGCUUUCUGUGGCUGUUUAUAACCAUUACAAAAGAAUAUAUCAUGCCUCCUUGCAAAAAGGGUCAGGAGCAGAAUCAGGAAGUUCAGCAACAAUUGAUGAUGACGAUAAUGUGGAGUUAGAAAAGAGCAAUGUCCUCUUGAUGGGCCCAACUGGCUCAGGGAAGACUUUACUUGCAAAGUCACUGGCUCGGUUUGUGAAUGUGCCCUUUGCCAUUGCUGAUGCAACAACUUUGACGCAGGCCGGUUAUGUGGGUGAGGAUGUUGAAUCAAUAUUGUACAAACUGCUCACGGUAGCUGAUUCCAAUGUACAAGCAGCUCAACAAGGAAUUGUUUAUAUUGAUGAAGUUGACAAGAUAACUAAGAAGGCUGAGAGCUUAAACAUCAGCAGAGAUGUUUCUGGGGAGGGUGUUCAACAGGCAUUGUUGAAGAUGUUGGAGGGAACUAUUGUGAAUGUUCCUGAGAAAGGGGCAAGGAAGCAUCCUCGGGGUGAUAACAUACAGAUAGAUACCAAAGAUAUCCUUUUUAUAUGUGGUGGGGCGUUUAUUGAUCUUGACAAAACUAUCUCCGAGAGACGGCAAGAUUCUUCAAUUGGUUUUGGAGCACCUGUUCGGGCUAACAUGAGAGCUGGUGGGGUAACCAGUUCUGCAGUGACAUCAUCCUUGCUUGAAUCGGUUGAAAGUUCCGAUCUUAUUGCAUAUGGCCUCAUACCAGAAUUUAUUGGUCGUUUUCCAAUAUUAGUCAGUUUGUUAGCCCUGACAGAGGAUCAACUUGUUCAGGUAGUGUUUUAUUCAGUUCUUCUGUUAGUUAUGCUGUCAAUCCGUUGGCUUUGGCUGUUAUGUCAUUUCCCUUCUUUCCUUAGUGUUUAUGGAUAAAGUGUUGGAUAGUUAAGAGUUGUGUAUGAAGCCAGUAUUCAUGAUUGGAAAAGUGCAAGGCCCUUCUGGUAUGCUCAUGUUUCCUUACUGUUCAUUAAAGUUGAUUGCAUGAAAAAGGACUGCCUGUGCCUGCAUCUCAUCUUAAUGGUUUCUAUUAUACAUAUGCCUUGUUUUGUGUGAAAGUUAUCUGACUUUGCAAAUGGAGGUGUUGUUAUCCAGCAGGGACAAGGCUAUGGUUUUAUUUCAUUUUCAUACGUGUCUGAUCUAAUUUUUGCAAUUUUUGUUUUCCAUUGCAGGUGCUCACUGAACCAAAAAAUGCUCUUGGUAAGCAAUACAAGAAGUUAUUUAGCAUGAAUGAUGUGAAGCUACAUUUUACAGAGAAAGCAUUGAGACUGAUUGCCAAAAAGGCAAUGGCUAAAAAUACGGGUGCAAGGGGUUUAAGAUCCUUACUAGAAAAUAUUCUAAUGGAAGCCAUGUAUGAGAUUCCAGAUGCUAAGAUAGGAAGUAAUAAAAUAGAUGCUGUUGUGGUAGAUGAAGAAUCGGUGGGCUCAGAAAAUGCCCCUGGUUGUGGAGGGAAGAUUCUUCAUGGAGAUGGUGCAUUGGAGCGCUAUCUUGGAGAAAUAAACUUGAAGUCAUCAACGGAAAAUGUUGCGGGGGAGUUACAGGAGGGUGAAACAAAGGAUUCAUCAAGAGCCAUGAGCUUGUAAUAUUACUUUGACUGCAAGUAUUGUUGUCAGCUGUAGAAUUUGUCAUGUAAUCAGAUUCAUAAUUUGGUGUAACUAACCUCCUGUAUAACAGGAUUAGGUUCUGGUUACAAAAUUGAAUGAGAAAAAGAAAAAAGAAGAUUCAAA